GCCUUGCCUGCUGCCCGCCAGAGUCUGUGGUGUUGGCAUCAGCUUGGGCAGGUGUGCUGGCACAGGAUGGGUUGGCCAUGGUGAGGAACCCCACUCUCAGCUUUGCAGCCCCCUCCCCAAGCCGACAUGAGUGACAAGUUGGAGCUGCUGUGGCCAUUGUCAGUACCAAUGCUGUUGCUGUUGGGGGCCACAGCCUGGCUGUGUGCCCGCUGCUCCCGCCCAGGGGUGAAGAGAAAUGAGAAAAUCUACGAGCAGAGGAACCAGCAAGAAAACGAACAGAGUUUUACCCUGGCUCAGACCUACUCCCUGGCCAGACCAGUGUGGCCAGGACCCCUGAGGGACACAGCUUUGGACAAGCCAUCUGAAAGGAAGAACAAGCUGCUGUUCUCUCACCUCGAAGGUCCUGAGUCCCUUAGGUACCAGAACUUCUACAAAGGCAGCAGUCACGAGCCCGAUGAGACCUAUGUAGACCCCAUCUCCACAGACUACUACAACUGGGGAUGUCCGCAGAAACCCCCAGAAGAGGAUGACUCCAACUCCUACGAGAAUGUGCUCAUCUGCAAGCCCAGCGCCCUGGACUCCGGUGGCGAGGACGCCGAGGAUUACCAGAACUCACUAUCCAUCCGAGAAUGGAGAGAAUCCAGGAGGACUGUGGGUGCACCCGUGUUCCCAUCAGGGAGCCCAGAUGAGGAGCCAGAUUACGUGAACGGGGAUGUGGCUGCUGCCGAGAACAUCUAGGGGAGAAUCAAUCGGAAGAAGGUCCCGAGGGAAUUGUGAUUUGAAGCAUUCAUUGCCUGCUGAAGCCUGCUUGCCAGGAACGCUCAAGCUUCAGACCUGGCUGUGGCUGCUCUUGGGAGACGUUCCAGAACACCCUGACACACAGCCUGGGAGACCCUGGGACUCACCAGGGCUGCAACCUCCAAGCAAUGCCCUGAACUUUUCUGGGGACAAAGCAGGUGCCUGGGGACAUUGGCUGUGCUAACUGGAGGGAAGCUGCGUCCCCAGUACCACAUCUAAAACUUGGCACAACAAAAUCACUCACAUUGGUCUCAAGCUUGCAGUCUUCCAGCCUCAGCCCUAGUGCUGGGAUCACAGGGUGUAUCACUACCUUGUAUCUUUUUUCCUUGUUUGAACCUCAAAUUGCUUAUGAAUGUUGGUUUCUGGUCAUGUUACCUGUUUCUAUGGUUAACUUCUAUUGUUGGAGCCAUAUUUAAUAGUGUCAAUGUCAGGGGGACUUCCUGUCUUUCAGAGAGCAUUACAUGAACUAACUUUAACAGAUGAAUGAGGUGUAGGGUAACCUUGGGUCUCCUUGUUCUCUUAGUGGGCUCCAGUCUGCUCAGAUUUAUCGCCCAUUCCUGCAGGGACCUUGUGGGUCAGUGAUAGGGAAACAAAACUGGUCCUCACCAACCAUCAAUAAACCACGAGUUCAA